CGCGAGACUCGAACCUCUUCUGUCUUUUCCUCCUUCUUCUGCCCGGCUUUCUUCCCCUCCCCCACAUCGCUGACCAAGUUCUCCCGUUUCGGACCGAGUCGCCUUGUUGUUGCCGCGGAGAUUCUUCCUGCUGCUGCUGCUGCCACUGUCCCCGCCGCCACCACUGUGCUCAUUUGCCCCGACCCCUUCCUGCCGCCCUGCCCCCAGCCCCACACAAGAUGUCAGAGGAUCUAGCAAAGCAGCUGGCAAGCUACAAAGCUCAACUCCAGCAAGUUGAAGCUGCAUUGUCUGGAAACGGAGAAAAUGAAGAUUUGCUAAAAUUAAAGAAAGAUUUACAAGAAGUUAUAGAACUAACCAAAGACCUUCUGUCAACUCAACCUUCAGAAACUCUUGCAAGUUCAGACAGUUUUGCUUCUACUCAGCCCAGUCAUUCAUGGAAAGUAGGAGACAAGUGUAUGGCAAUCUGGAGUGAAGAUGGACAGUGUUACGAAGCGGAGAUCGAGGAGAUAGAUGAAGAAAAUGGCACUGCUGCAAUCACCUUUGCUGGCUACGGCAAUGCUGAAGUGACCCCACUGUUGAACCUCAAGCCUGUAGAAGAAGGAAGGAAGGCAAAGGAGGACAGUGGCAACAAACCCAUGUCAAAAAAAGAAAUGAUUGCCCAACAGCGUGAAUAUAAAAAGAAGAAAGCUUUGAAAAAAGCACAGAGAAUAAAAGAACUUGAGCAGGAAAGAGAGGACCAGAAGGUUAAAUGGCAACAGUUCAACAACAGAGCCUAUUCUAAAAACAAAAAAGGCCAGGUGAAAAGGAGUAUUUUUGCUUCUCCUGAGAGUGUAACCGGAAAAGUUGGAGUAGGAACUUGUGGAAUUGCUGAUAAACCUAUGACACAAUAUCAAGAUACCUCUAAAUACAAUGUCAGGCAUUUGAUGCCUCAAUAAUCAGAAAAACUGUUGGAUUUCAUCUCUGCAGGGCUUUACAUUUACCUUUUUAUCCUUAUAUUUUUCUAAAGGUAAAUUAUUUGUUAGAUGAGUAAGGAAGAUACCAUUGUUGUCCUUGUUUGACUUCAAUAGAAUGAAACUUGAAGAAAUUGCAUUUGAUAACUGCUAUUCAUUUAACUUUUCGUUACUACUACCACACAUUUCCUCAAAGUUUGUUGAAUAAAGCAACUUUUCUAGAUAGAUGCUGCAUAAAUACAGCACUAGAUGAAUUGUUGAUCUUCCUAAUACCAGGCCCUUACUUAAUGGAUGGUGUGUACUUUUUGUAAAGUCCUAACUUGGAAUUUUCAGAUGCUCUGAACUUGCCACAUAUUGUAGCAAUUCACUGGAACAUCAAGGCAAAAUACCAACCUGCUAAAGAAAUCUUUUUUUUUUUUCAACUUAAACCCAUAGCUGUUGCUAAUUAAGCCUAAAAAUAGGUUAAUUUGAUUAAUUUAAAAUGACAAACUUUGUUUUGAGGGUUUUCCUUCAAUGAUUUGUUUCUUAAGCCUAUUAGGCUAUCUCUAAAAUUGAUCCAGCUCUUAAAAUUUUUUCGAGUUUUAAUUUUAUAUAAAAACCAUGUUUAGGACCAGCUUCCUUUUCUAAGGGUUUUUUUCUGUUGUGUUGUUUUUUUCUUUCUUUUUUUUUUUUUUUUUUAACGUAUGCUCUUUUCCUGUGUUGAUUUUUCCCUUAUGGUAGUGGUACCAUUUUUGGAUGUGUAAUGUUUAUAUAAGAAAACAAAAAGCUGAUGUAUAGCCCUGUAUACAGUGUAGAUACUAUUUUUGUAAAAAAACAAAAAAAUCCCCAAGGCUAAAUUAAUGAACAAGAGUACUGAAUGUUUCAUCAUUAAAAAUUUAUUGUAUUUCUUGUGCAUUAAUCUGACCAUAAUUUCCCUGUAUAUUAUGUUCAUGUAGCUGAGUUUGUAAUUUUUGUUAACUAGAUCAAGUUGUCAGCAUUUGUUGGUAUAAGUGAACAUCACAGUUAUCCUGAGUUGAGUUUAAGCCAAAUAUAUGCAUAGUAAAGUGUCUUCCUAUUAAUGGAAGAUGGUGAUUUUUAGGGUAUGUGUUAAUUUCAGUUUUUGUAUGUUUAACUUUUAUUAAAUAAAGUGUUUUUAAAAUCUCCAGGGUGUGUUACCAGAAGGGUGGUGAAGUCCUAGCUGACAGCACUGAUACAGUGAUUAAGCUUCAGUCUUCUUGCUUGCAUUCAUCAUUUCCACAGAAGAGAAUAUUGACCCUGUACUCACUUUAGCAAGAUGCGUGCAUUUCUGACCAGAGAAACAAAGAAUUCAGGCUUGGAAGACACUUGACUCUAUAUCCUGGGAAAACUAUAGAGUUGAAGCCUGAGACCUGCAGCUAGGCUAGUCUUUAAUAGAUGGUAAUUGUCCAGUUGUUCAUUGCUCAGAAGUAUGCAGGAAGGAGUAAGUAUCCCUUUGGUUCUUUUGCCAGGUUUUUCCCUCCAAAAGCACUGUCAGGUUUAGUUGACAUAGCUUUCAGAGUGUGAUAAAACUGCUAGUUUAGAAGCAACUAGCUUCUGAAAUUUGUAUUUUUAAUAUGCAUUUUAGAGCUAUCUUAUGGCUUUAUGUCUCUAUAAUGCUGUUUGGUGCCCUGAUGUGAAAAUCUGAGAUAAAUAUCCCAGUUACUGCCCUACCAAUAAAGACUUCAAGCAUUCCUCUAUGACAAAGAACUAAGAGCUUGAGGAAAUGGAAAAAAUUUCAAAAUUAUAAGAAGUUAGUUGGCAGUACUUUAAAAGAGCUUCAUCUAAGCCAUUUCCCCUAAUAAUUUAUGACAGUAUAUCAAGGUAAAACAGAACCAAGAAGUGAGGUGGUCAGCCAGUACAUGUAUUCUGAACUACACUUAUUAUUUGGAAGAAUCAGAUGUAUUCCACAAGAAAACCAGUUUCCUAUUAGAUCUAGUACAUGGGCCAAGAUUUUUUUUCUUGGCAAGGCCAGCACUAAAUAUUAACUAGGGCAUUAUGCAGUGGUUACUACUAGUGUUUAACAGAUUCAAGCUCAGGUUAGUCUUUUUUUUAGAAAGACCAGGUAAUCACUAAAACCGCUGAUACAUCAAUCUUACAAAGUCUUUAUUUAAAAAAAUCUAUAGGACAUCAAAAUUGACUUCUUACAAAGUAUAACCUGUCAUGGAAUUCUGUGAAAAUGAACCAUUUUAUUAGAAAUAGUCUUUUUCUGCAAGUCCCAGAGUCAGAAUAACUAAAAUUCAAGAUUAAGGAUAAAGAAAUUAGAAGAUUGCAUUCGUCAGAGAAAGGAGAAGUACAAACCUCUUAUUUUCUUUUGGUGCUACAAACUCCUAGAUUGAGUAUGUGUGGGGAUUUAUAUUUUAAUCCUUAAAACCUAUCAAGAUAGAGGUAGUAUCUCUAACAACUUUUCAGGAGGAAACAGGCUCCAUGAAGAAAUUAACUUGCCCAGAGUCCUUAGCAAAUAUUAGAACUGGGAUUUAAGUGUGACCCAAAACACCCUGUUCUUCCCACAUUAUGCUAUUGUUGGUAGGGAGUAUGGAAUUUUUGAGGUGGAAGGAUAAUAAAAGAAAGAGAAGAAAGGCAGCUACUGCUUCUUUAAGUGGAAGAAAACUUACCAAAGAACCUUCCCCAAGAGGUUAAACACUUUUCUCGUGAGAAAUGACCCAGGAGGCAAUGUGGCCUUACGUUAGGAAAUUUUGCCUCAAUAAUCUUCACUGCCUUUUAAAAUCCUUUCAUAAUGCUAAAAGCUGUCACUGUCAUGGGGAUUAGAAAAGGCAUUUCUACCAGAGUUCUCAUACCUAUUCUAAUCAGAAACCAGUCUGACUCCUUCAGAAUCUUCUUUGGUAAUAUGCACUGAAGAUUUACCCCCAUCUAUUAAUAUAUUACUCAGGCAUCUUACAAAAAGGGUACCUUAACUCAGGUUAGUGGGUGGGGACUAAACAGGAACUUCCAGACAUUUUAAAUUUAAAUGGAUCGUUGUAGCCAAAGGGAUACCCUAAAAAGUUAUGACGAACAGAUAAUAAACGGCUGUGUAUCCUACUUGAAGCAGUUAAGAUUAUCGGGUACGUUAAACCAUCUGCAGUUAGGUUACGUGGAGUUAUCAGUCAAGAAGGCAUCUGUUUGUUUAUAGAACAGGAAAUGGCAAUGAUUCAAAUCGCCAUUAAUUCUGGACUACUGAAGUAGUGUAUCAAACAUUUAGGAGAUUGUUGCUUCUCAAGGUGUGGAUGUUCAUUCUUAUUUUUUCCUUCAUAGAGAAGGGUGGUACAAAAAGCACUCGGGUAUUCUUCAUUCACAAUUUUUAUUUCUUGCAAUUAACUUUUAUAUCUUCAAAGUCGAUUUGUCUUUUAAAAAAUUAAUACUUCUUACUCAUCAUACAAUCCACUCCCCUCCCACAAGGAAAACAAACCCAGGGAAGGAAUAAUUUAGAGGGCAGUUGAAAUAGGUACUAUAGAUUUGUGACAAAGGCUUCCCAGCCCACCAACCUGUACAUAAACAACAAAAUGGCAGCACCUCAAGUUCUCCUGAAUGAAGUCCAAAAUUUCAGCCCUAGGCAAGUGAUGCAAGUGAAUGCCAUGGGAAUAACAAAAUGGAAGUUUAAUCCUUGGCUUCCACUUACUUUCCAUGGUAGUUAGCAGAGUCUUUAAACUGUCUCCCUUGGGAAAGUCAAAAGUAAGCAAAUACAUAGAGCAACAUUUUGACCCAGCCAGGAGUAAUUAUAAGUGAAACCAGAAAUAAUUUACCUGGGCUAGAGAAAUGAAUUUAUCAUGUUUUUCAUUAAGUCCCCAGCACCUGAAGUAGCAAGUUCUAAUAAUGAGCUUCUAAAGGCAUGCAGUUUUUCACACAUCUACUUCAAAGAAUUUCUUCCACUCAAACAUAGCACAAUCAAGGAUAAAAUAUUUUUGGAGGCACAGGAAGAGCACAAAAACAAGUAAGUAUAUGCUGAGGCCUUGUGUAUGACCAAGAUGGUACACUUCAUACACAGAAGCAGUGAAAGCUGUUAAAGUGCUACUUACACAGGAUAGUCUAACAUUACACACAACUCAACUGCACUGCUAAAUAUGGUUGUCUUUAUUUUCUUUUUCCUUGGCCAGCCCUAUCUAAACAAAAUAAAACUACAGGACUGAAAUUAACAACCCAUUAAAAUCAGCAAUAAGUUAUGAAAAUCAUAAAGCUUUUUUUUUUUUAAGUAAUUAAGGGUAGUUAAAUUAUUCAAAGUAUACAAAGU